CCAGGAUUCGUUUUAAGCCGAAACCGUGUACCCGCAUUUUAGGCAUUCUCAUCCAGGUCGUCUGUUUUCUUCUGGCAGACACAGGAAACCUUACAGGAGAGGCUUAAGAACCCGAGGAAGCAGCUAAGGAAGACAGCAAAGAUGGGGAGUGGAGCCAGUGCUGAGGAUAAAGAACUGGCCAAGAGGUCCAAGGAGCUAGAAAAGAAACUGCAGGAGGAUGCUGACAAGGAAGCCAAGACUGUCAAGCUGCUGUUGCUGGGUGCUGGGGAGUCAGGAAAGAGCACUAUCGUCAAGCAAAUGAAGAUCAUUCACCAGGAUGGCUACACGCCGGAAGAAUGUCUGGAGUUCAAGUCCAUCAUCUACGGGAAUGUGCUGCAGUCCAUCCUGGCCAUCAUCCGGGCCAUGUCCACCCUGGGCAUUGACUACGCUGAAGCAAGCUGUGCGGAUGACGGACGACAGCUCAAUAACCUGGCCGACUCCAUUGAGGAGGGAACCAUGCCUCCCGAGCUGGUGGAGGUCAUUAGGAGGUUGUGGAAGGACGGUGGGGUGCAAGCCUGCUUUGAAAGAGCUGCAGAGUACCAGCUCAAUGACUCAGCAUCUUACUACCUGAACCAAUUAGAACGGAUUACAGACCCUGAUUACCUCCCUAAUGAGCAAGAUGUGCUACGAUCCAGAGUCAAAACCACCGGCAUCAUUGAGACCAAAUUUUCUGUCAAAGACUUGAAUUUCAGGAUGUUUGACGUAGGUGGACAGAGAUCUGAGAGAAAGAAGUGGAUCCACUGCUUUGAGGGAGUCACCUGCAUCAUUUUCUGUGCGGCCCUCAGCGCCUAUGAUAUGGUGCUGGUGGAAGAUGACGAAGUGAAUCGUAUGCAUGAGUCUUUGCAUCUGUUCAACAGCAUAUGUAACCACAAGUUCUUUGCGGCUACUUCAAUUGUCCUCUUUCUCAACAAGAAGGACCUCUUUGAGGAAAAAAUCAAGAAAGUCCAUCUCAGCAUUUGUUUUCCAGAGUAUGAUGGGAACAAUUCCUUUGACGACGCAGGAAAUUAUAUCAAGAAUCAGUUUCUUGACCUCAAUAUGCGAAAAGAUGUCAAAGAAAUCUACAGUCACAUGACCUGCGCCACAGAUACUCAGAAUGUCAAAUUUGUGUUUGAUGCAGUCACAGAUAUCAUCAUCAAAGAAAACCUCAAGGACUGCGGGCUCUUCUAAUCCUCACCAUUCCUCAGGUAUACGUGUUACAAACAGGCUUGGCACCUGGGUCAUUUGGAGCAAACAAUUAUAGUGAAUAAUUAUCAUGACACGAAGAAUGAAUCCAGUCUCCUUCAGAGAUGGAAUAUGCAUGAUUCCAACUGUGUCUCGCACGUUCUUUUCACAGCAAGCUAGCCGGUAGUUUAAAGAGCACAAAUCCAGGAGCUGGAAAACACAGGUUCCAGUACUGGUUGUGCAACUUUAUACGAAAAUGUGAAUGCUUCAUUUUUCUGAGCCCUGAGUCCCUCAUCUCUAAAACAAAGAUAACUUCCCUACCUACUUCACAGGGUUAUUCUGAGAAGCACAACAUAAUGAAGGGAAGGCACAUAAAAGCUGCUGUGGUUAGAGUCACAUAAAGAAAUCCUAUAUAAAAGCUGCCAAGUAUAAAAUUCAACACCUAUUUUUAAAAUAAACAAUCUCAACAAACAAUCCCAAGCAAUACAACAAAUCUUCCCUACAGUCAGCAAAAAAACCCCAAACAAUUAAAAUCCCCCAAAAACAGGGGCCGGCAGGUGGCAUG